AAAUUGAAAGGAUGACAAAUAAUUGUAAGUUCUUCUGGGACAUGGAGGCGCCGGCUUCCAAUUCUCCUAAACCCUAUAACCUCUGCCUGUCCUGCUGUGGCGCGGAAAAUAUUCAACAAAAGACAACAGUGGGAGGAAACGGCGAAGCAGGAGAUGGGAACCGGACGGGGAUUCAGCAGCGGCGGCGGAGGAAGCGGAGGGAGAAACCAGAGAAUACUCAGACAACAGGUUGAAUCGUGCAGGAGGAAAUGCUCCACCGCCGACGACAUCGUCCACCAUCUCCGGCAGCAGUACCCCAACUACCGCCGCACGAAGCAGCGAGAACUAGCUAGACUCGUCCACCAAGUCAUCGACUCUCCGUCGUCGCCAUCCCCUGGCCGGCCUAGAAGAUUCGACAAACAGCCUGCGGAAGACGAGGAAGGCGAUUACGACGAAGGGAGUGCUUCCGCCAGUGGCAGAAAGAGGAAGAAGAAGAAGAUUAGGGUUGACGUGAGCGAUCAAGAGCGGCAGUCGCCGUCAGAGUCGGAGUCCCAAUCGACGCCGUCGUCUAUGUCGGAGGACGGAGUUUAUGGGGAGCCAGUGGAGCCUGAGUUCGAUCUGAUGAGAUCGAUGCUGCGACACAGUUACGCUCCGGAGAAGAACAUUGAGGUUGAGGUAGCCAGUAGUUCUAAAGACAAGAUUGCGGUGGCCAAUGGAGGUAAAGGGAAAAGAGCAAGAGGGGUAAACCUUGGGGCGAAAGCUCUAAGCAGGGAUAAUAUGGAGGUGAAAGGACAGGAAGGGCCGAGUUUCAAGGAUUUCGGUGGAUUGAAGAAAGUGUUGGAGGAUUUGGAGACUGAGGUGUUGAUGCCGCUCUUCCAUCCCCAUUUGAUGCGACGCCUUGGUGUGAAGCCGAUAAGUGGGGUUCUGCUCCAUGGUCCACCAGGUUGUGGAAAGACUAAGCUGGCUCAUGCCAUUGCCAAUGAGACUGGAGUCCCAUUCUUCAAGAUUUCAGCUACGGAGGCUGUCUCUGGUGUGUCAGGUGCAUCGGAGGAAUAUAUUCGAGAUCUUUUCUCUAAAGCAUAUAGGUCUGCACCAUCGAUCAUUUUCAUUGAUGAGAUCGAUGCAAUUGGUUCGAAAAGGGAAAAUCUACAGAGGGAGAUGGAGCGGAGAAUCGUGACUCAGUUGAUGACUUGCAUGGACGAAUACCAUAAACUUGUGCAACCAGCUGAUGAUAAUUCGAAGCCAGAAAGCUCAGAACAGAGAGCUGGCUAUGUUCUGGUGAUUGGAGCUACCAAUAGGCCUGAUGCCAUUGAUUCUGCACUAAGAAGGCCUGGAAGAUUUGAUCGGGAGAUUAUGUUAGGGGUCCCAGAUGAGGAUGCUAGGGUUCACAUUCUUUCCGUACUUACCAAAAAGUGCACUCUCGAGGGCUCAUUGGAUCUUUUGCAAAUAGCUAGGCUUACUCCAGGCUUUGUGGGAGCUGAUUUAGAUGCUCUAGUUAGCAAAGCAGGCAACCUUGCCUUGAGAAGAAUCUCCGCACUGAGGAAAUCUGCAAUAUUAUCUGAAGAACCUAGUGGUGGGCAAAUUGAGGAAUGGUGGAGAAUGCCUUGGUCGGAGCAGGAGAUGGAAAAGUUUGCCAUCACAAUGUGUGAUUUUGAGCUUGCAGCUAAAAUGGUUCAACCUUCAUUGACAAGAGAGGGAUUCUCUUCUGUUCCAAAUGUAACAUGGGAUGAAGUUGGAGGACUUGAUAACGUCAGGAAUGAGUUGAAGAAUUAUGUUGUCCAGUCCAUUAAAAAUCCAAAACUGUAUCAGCAUUUUGGAGUGUCAUCAAAGACAGGAAUUUUGCUUUUCGGUCCUCCAGGUUGUGGUAAGACAUUAAUGGCCAAGGCUGCUGCUAAUGAAGCAGAGGCUAACUUCAUUCACGUCAAGGGUCCUGAGCUUCUUAAUAAGUAUGUUGGAGAAAGUGAGCUGGAAGUUCGAAAGCUAUUUGCCCGUGCAAGGCAUUGCUCACCAUGUAUUAUCUUCUUUGAUGAGGUGGAUGCCUUGACAACAACCCGUGGAAGGGAAGGUGGGUGGGUUGUGGAGCGGCCUCUAAAUCAGUUGCUUAUAGAGUUAGAUGGUGCAGAUCAGCGCCAAGGUGUUUUUGUGAUCGGUGCAACUAAUAGACCUGAGGUUAUAGACCCUGCUAUCUUGAGGCCCGGCAGAUUGGGCAACCAUGUCUUGGUUCCUCUGCCAAGUGCAGAGGAUCGUGGGCUGAUCUUGAAGGCUCUUGCUAGGGGGAAACCUAUUGAUCCAAGCAUAGACUUAACAGAAAUUGGGAAGAGGAAAGCUUGUGAAAGAUUAAGCGGAGCGGAUCUCAAUAAGCUGAUGGAGGAUGCUGCGAUGAUUGCUCUUAAGGAGGCUACGAGAAGCGGGAAUCCAGAUGAGGAGAAGAUGCUCCUCUGCACAAUCCAACCGAGUCAUUUCGAUCAGGCACUGGAAAAGAUCUCUCCAUCUGUGACGGACAGGCAAGUGAAGUUCUACGAUGCAUGGUCGAAACAAUGCAGGGGAGCAUCAUAGCUUCGACGGCUGCUCUACUUAUAUUUGCUCAUUUGGUAUAAAUCGAUGAUAAACCCUGGUUAAGAUAUGUGAGAUGCGUGAGUCCCAGGAUAACGUCUCGAUAACCUUUCGAUGAAGUGCCCGUAUUGAGCUACAUUGCAAUUUUGGUUGAUUUAUUGAGCCAUGUUUCUACCAUGGCCUGUGUAGCUCGAACAGAACACAUCAGUAGGCCGACGCCAUGUCUCUCUGUGGUUGUGACCUUGCUUUUCGUGAUGACCUGUGUUAUUGAUCACCUGGGAUUCGGGGGACCUCUAAUAGCGUCACGCAUAAUCAAUACGGAAGACUAGCUUUACUGUUA